GCGCCUCUUGGUGGACAAAAAACACCAAAAAUGUCUGAAUAAAAUACGACUGAUAAAGAUUUUUUGCAAAAAACAGCUGCAAUGUGACGCAGUCGGUUAGAAGACGUCGUAAAACGAUAAGUAUACCGGUUAAAUUGAGCAUUUUAAAGCUCUUUCCCGGCGCUGCGUAGACGUUAAUGUGAUGCAGCAGUUAGCUCAGUAGCUGUGGUGCGUUCAGGGAACAAAACGUCAAAUCAGCUUCCUAUUAAGCUCCGUAGCAGUGGUGCGUUCAGGGACGAAAACAUCAAAUCAUUUUCUUAUUUUAGAGUCGAUGAUAGCCACCAGAGCACUCAAACACAAACACUGGGCUUUUAUCUCAUAGCUGUGUCCCAAAAAAAAGUGAUGACCACCGUGGCAGCGACAACAUCCUCCAACCCCCGGGGGUUGCAUGCAUCAGCCAGCCGGGCUGCAGCUCCUGGGAGCCCGCAGCGGAGGCUCCAGAGGCUGACGGCGGUGCCCGGAUCCAGCCCGCGCCGAGUCAACGACCUGCUGCUGCUCCUCCUGCCCGACAAAGCAUCACCAUCAGCGGGCUACGGAGCUCCAGAUUCACCGGGCAACUGCAGCAGGAAUAACAGGCAUGCUGUGUUUUUCCACGGGGACAUACAGAACUUCCAGGAGGAGAUGUCCGUGCAGCCGGAGGGGUCUCAGUGGCUCAGCUGGAGUCUGGAGCAGGUUGCCUUGACGCUGGGUCAACGUUUCCCCGACCAUCACGUGUGGGUGGUCCGAGCCUCCAGAAUGUACCUGCACAAGUUCAGCUGCUAUCACAACUUUGUGGAGAGCAACAUGUUCGGAGCGCCGGAGCACUCCACCUCGUACUCAAAGGACUACGGAGCGUUUCAUCACCUCAGGUCUCUGCUGAGUCACGCUAUGGAGCGAGCAAACCUCCCGAACCCCCUCCAACCUCACGGUGGCGCCGACAGCGUCCCGUCAGGCUUUUCUCUGACGCUGGUGGGCUUCAGCAAAGGCUGCGUGGUUCUGAACCAGAUGGUGUACGAGCUGGCGGGGGCGCGCUCCGACCCCCAGAUGUCCCACUUCGUGAAGAGCAUCUCGGACAUGUUCUGGCUGGACGGGGGUCACCCGGGCGGCAGCGAGACCUGGGUGACGGACAAGCAGGUGCUGAAGGAGCUGGCGGAGAGCGGGGUGACGGUGCACGCCCACGUCACUCCCUACGAGGUGCGCGACCCCAUGCGGGCGUGGGUGGGGCGCGAGCACGGACACUUCGUCAAGACCCUGGAGGAGUUUGGGGCGUCUCCGCACCAGCAGAUGCACUUCGAGGACGAGCCGGCGUCCAUCGAGAACCACUUCAGGGUCAUCCAGGAGUUUUGAGCAUCGAGCACUUUUGGAAACACGACACGCAACAAAAAACACGCCCGAGCUGAGCCGAGCUGAGCUGAGCCGAGCCGAGCUGAGCUGAGCCGAACGCUUCUGAUAAUUAACGAAGAAGAGAAAACAUUGAGUGUCUUAUCGCUGGUCUUACCUCAUGUUUGUGAUUUUUAAGGGCUGAGAAUAUUUAGAGCAGCUGCUGCGCUUAACUUUACUUUCUUUAUUUCUGCUGCAAAACAAACUUUAUAUCCGAGUCUGAAUGAUCCCAGAAGUCCUCCGAAGGCUCCGAGGAUGGAAAAACACAGGUAUACGAAACACGGGUGAUGGUGAUGAUGGUUUAAAACAUCCGCUGUCGUCUUUGUUUAAGCUAAAAAUGUAACUUUUUACAUUUAAUUCUGCCUCAAAACCUUUUUUUUUAUUUUUUAUUUGAGCUCCAGAUUGUGAUUUAAUUCAAUUUAUUUAUAAUUUAUUACAUUUCCAUUAUUUUACAUUUAAUCAUAUCAUUACAUUCUCAUCAUAUCUGCACUUAUUUCAACUUUUUACACACAUGAAUGUUUGAACUUGGUCUCAGUUAUGAUUAUUGAUUGUAUUUGAAUGUGCGGCUGAUGAUAGUCAGUCAAAAAAAAAAGCGCCUUUUUCAUUCCUUAAGUAGAUUUCUUAUUAUAAUAUCAUUAAUAAUUAAUCCAACCCCUUUUUAUUUAAAUAUUAGCUUCAUUCUUUAAAGGAAAACCUCAAUUUGAAGCUUUAUUUUGGUACUUUUUCUGCUCUUUUCCUGUCUUAAAGCAGCAGUAAUGUGUUAAACGUGAUAGAAAUGUCCAGUUAAGUCAAAGAAAAAAUGGUUUAUUUAAUAUGAUAUGCAAUUAAUGUGAGCAGCAGCAUGUGUAUCAAUUAAUGUGAUGAUUUAAUUCCAGUCUCUGCUGUAUUUUAAGCUUCUUUAAGCGUCUUUUUUUGCACAACGUUGACGGCUGUUAAAUCAUUUCUCUGCUGAAUGUAACUUCAGAUCAUUCCAUUAAGUUUACUUCUUUCUUUGUUAAUCAUUAAUAGCUAGUGUAUAGCUAAUAAUAAUAUUAAUGUGCUUUGUUUUAAAUUAUGUCAUUUUAAUUUAAUGAUGGGAAAAAAAACCCUGUUUGUCACCAGUUUAAAAGGAUGAGUUCAAGUCUGUUUUAAAACAUCAGUCACAUUGAAAUUAUAGAUUUGAAGCUUGUUUUUUUUCUUGCUCUUCAUAAAAAUCCACAAAAGAAACGUAUUUAAAAGUUGAUCUGAAGCUACUAUGAGUCAAAUCAAGCUGAUACCUCCCAACGUUACAGUGUUUUUAGUGCUAGAGUCCCUCUUUUUGUUACUAUACUUCCUCUAAAAAGUCUA